AUGGUACUUUACAAUGAUAUAGAAUUUCUGCUCAUGAUAGAAAUAGAUUCAGACUGGAUCAAGGAGACGAAGAGGAUGUGUCGGAAGGACAUAAAGCGAUACGCAAAAUUUUUAGAAUUGAAGGAACGGCCAAAACCCCUUGGAAAACUCGCGCUCCCGGUAAAGCUAGACGUCUACUCGGCCGUGAUCCAACGUGGCAAGCAUGACGUGGCGAGCCAGCAAGCAGCCACCUUUAGAGCGUCAACUGGCCAGACUCUCGGAGAAACAAAGCAAGCGACUACCUCGAACGAUCGACCCGGCCAAGUCGAGCGCCCAAAACUCUCCCUACGAUCGCUCCCAUACGUCUACACGGAUCCCGAGCCACUCCUAUGCGCGAACGAAGACAAGCUGCAACACGACUCCAUGCGCAGAGAGCACUCAUUGAUCCUCAAAGCGGCUCUUCCCUUGACCCCCGCCACGUCCUCGGAGCUUCCGAUCCGCACCACCCGAGACACAUCAUUCGACCUCCCGAUCCGCAACCACAGUGGUCGGUUGCUCGAGCUCUUGGCGAUGCAAGAGCAAGACCGCGUUCCAACGUGGAGAACUUGGGUGGCGAAUAGACCUGGUGAUCUACACGUAGCUGAGGUGAAAGAUCGGAGCCAGGCUAGGGAGAAGCAGGAUGCAGCUUUGCCGAGAUGGCAAUGUACACAUCCAAUCGGACCACUCCUGUAA